CCAUCGCUCAAGAAAAAGAAAAAAAAAAAGAACCUUUAAGCUUCUUCUUCUUCUUCUUCACUGAGUUCCUUCCUUACUGGUGCAACAAUGGCGUCCUCGUCGAGAAGCAGAUCCAGGGGCCAUCUCUGCUCCACGUUCCACACCUCUUCCCUGUCAAUCGCUUCCUCGUCAUCCUCAGGUUUUGCUUCGUCGAGCUCGAGCUUCGCCGCGCGAUCGUCCACCUUCUUCUCCGGCGAGGCCUCCCCGCUGCGCGUCCGGAUGUCCGGGCAGCACUCGAGCCACUCGUCCCCGUCCGUCCGCUUCUCAAUCGACUGGCCCACGUCCCCCGGCCAAUCGAUCUCCGUCAGGAACCAGAUCGGGGGCGGCGGCGGGGGCGGCGGCGGCAAGGCGGCGACCAUGCCGAACCAGAAGAAGACGUGCAUGUGCUCUCCGACGACGCAUCCCGGGUCGUUCUGGUGCUCGCUGCACAAGAACUCGAGAUCUAGCGCCCAGCAUCACUUCGCGCCUUACAAUUCGAGCAGUAGGUUGAAUUUCACAAAAAAAUAG